AUGGUUAAGUCAACUAGUGUAAAGGAUGUUGAUCAGCACGAAAUUGUGCGCCAAAUUGCAAUGUUUUUAAAAAAAAGUGGAAAGGUAAAAGUACCUGAGUGGUCGGAUCUCGUUAAACUUGGUUGCAACAAAGAAUUAGCUCCAGUUGACCCCGAUUGGUAUUACACUAGAACAGCAAGCGUUGCACGCAGAUUGUAUAUUCGGUCUCCUACUGGUAAGGAUUGGUUAUGGAACAAAACGAGAGGCGUUGCCCCAAAUCAUUUCGUAAAGGCCUCGGGGACAGUUAUUCGAAAGGCGCUUCAAACUCUAGAGGCUAUUAAGUGGGUAGAAAAGCAUCCGAAUGGAAAUGGUCGUAUUCUGACAAGACAGGGGCGUAAAGAUUUAGAUAGAAUUGCAUCUCAGUUACGUCAGAACGCCAGGAAUACAGAAUUAUAA